GGAAGGGACUCAGUGAGGGAGGGGUUUCAUUUCGUUGUCUUACGUUUCGUCCGCCGUCUCCACCUCCAACCGCGGCGGCCGUCAGUUCGUGCCUCGUCGGCCGGCGUCCGCCAUCCGCCAGGGGAAUUCCGGUGCUCCCUUCCCUACCACGCCCCCUCCUCCCGGCUGAUCGUGAUCUCCCCGGGUUCCUGGCCGGUUUCUCUGAUCCUCCUCCGCCGCGGGCGGUCAUCACGCGGCCCCCGCCGUCGAGCGGAGCCCAUCCGGAUCGAUUCCUGGGGCCCUGGAGUGUGAUGAGGCCAUGGAUAUCGGGUCACACAGCAGCCAUCUGAUCGCGCCGCCGUCCCUCUACCUCGCCGCCAUGGCCGAUCACCGCGACCCGGCUUUCCCCGCGGUAGGCGGCUGCCGCCUGCCGAAGACGGCGUCGGUGAGCGUCACGGAGUCCGUCACCGCGGUCCACGACUUCAGGGUGACGGGGUACUCGCUGAUCGAGGGGCUGGGCAUCGGCAGGUACGUCAGCUCCUCCGUCUUCACCGUCGGCGGCGUCGAGUGGGCCGUCAGGUUCUACCCGGACGGCUCCACCGUCACCUGCCUCGGGAACGCGUCGGCUUUCCUCUACUACUGCGGCCGGGAGAAGGAGGUCAGGGCCAGGUUCACCCUGAAUCUGCUCGGCAAGGACGGGAAACUGUCGCAGGUCACCAACGCCUACAUGAAGCACACCUUCUCUCCGGCGAGUGACAAUUGGGGAUUCAUCAAAUUCGCCGAGAAAUCGAAGCUGCAAAGCUCGCCGUUCCUCCACAACGACUGCUUGACGAUCAGGUGCUUGCUGACCGUCAUCAGUGAAUCUCACACCAAGGAUGUUGAGGUGAAUUCCGUUGUGGUACCACCUUCCACCCUGCACGUCGAUUUUGAGAACUUGCUCAACGAUGGUGAAGGAUCAGAUGUGACAUUCAGCGUGUGUGGACAGUUGUUCCGUGCUCACAGAUGUGUUCUUGCCGUCCGAUCUCCAGUGUUCAAGGCAGAGCUUUUUGGUCCAAUGAAGGAAAAUGGCACACAAUGUAUCAAGAUCGAUGAUAUGGAGCCUGAGGUUUUUGAGGCUCUCCUUCACUUCAUCUACACAGAUAAGCUGCCAGAUAGCUGCAGAGAUGGCAAAACUGCAACAAUGCAGCACUUGCUGGUUGCCGCGGAUCGGUACGGAGUGGACAGGCUAAGGUUGAUUUGUGAGAGGCGGCUUAGUGAAACCAUUGGUGUGGAAACAGUGGGAACCACUCUUGUUUUAGCAGAGCAACAUCACUGUUCGCAGCUGCGACAGGCUUGCAUUGGGUUUGUGGCAUCUCCAAACAUGCUUGGGCCAGUCAUCGAAAGUGAUGGAUUUAAGCAUCUCAUGGAGAGCUGCCCAUUGCUUAUGAAGGAGAUUUUGAGCAAGGUUUCACAUAUUUGGAUUGACAGGUCUUGCUGAUGAGUUGAUUAAUCUAGUACUUUUGUAGUAAGUAGUACAUCUCUCUAUGUGACUUCCUCUUAAGUUGUGUGAUCGUUCCAGUGCCCAAUGUAUCCAUGUAUGAACAGUAAAAAACUUGGUAUGUAAUUGGAUGACUUGUUAGCACCAGGGUGUGAGUUUUGCGCAUUCUUCCAUUUUCAUCUUUUCCAAAAUAUUGGUUUUACUCCAUACUCACAUGCU